AUGAUUGUUCCAUAUCUUGCCCGUAUCGUGCUACUUUUACCCGAAUUAUCACCUAUCCAAACGGAUCAUCUAGCAGAUAUCAUUGAAGAGCAGAAAUUGCAUGGUAAAGGAAGUGAACGAAAUCAAAUUCUCGAUAAACAUAAAUCAUGUGUUCCAGUGAAUGGAGAGUUACGAAAAGAACUCAUACAGGGUUUAUUCGAUGAGCAAACAUAUGAUAAGAAUAUAUUACCAACGGACAAUUCAAUAGAAGUAAUUGUGGAAGUGACAGUACAGAGUAUAACAGAGAUCAGUGAAAUAACAAGCAGCUUUAAAGCAGAUAUAUGGUUCAGUCAAAUAUGGCAUGAUCAACGACUCGAUUUUAGGCAUUUAAAUUACUGUUUGACGAAUUUAUCAUUGGCAGCUCAUAAGUUACCCAAUUUAUGGACACCAAAUGUUUGUGUUGUUAAUAGUAAAAAAGUAACAGUACAUACAUCACCAUCACAGAAUAUUCUUCUAUUAGUAUUUCCUAAUGGAACUGUAUGGCUUAACUACAGGAUUAGUUUGCAAGGACCAUGUCAACUUGAUUUAACUAAUUUUCCCAUGGAUACACAACAAUGUAAUCUUAUCUUUGAGAGUUAUUCAUAUAAUACAGCGGAAGUGAGAAUAGUAUGGCGUGAUUGGGAACCUAUAUCAAUUCCCGACCAGAGUAGUAAAAAUUUGCCAGACUUUGUACUUACACAUACUGAAAAUAAGAACACAACACUUUUUUACACAGCUGGCCAAUGGGACCAACUGGAAGCUGUUUUCAUUUUUCGCCGUCUUUACGGAUAUUACGUUUUACAGGCUUACAUGCCUACAUAUUUAUCAGUAUUCAUAUCAUGGAUAGCAUUCUGGAUUGAUACAAAAGCAUUACCAGCACGCAUAACGCUCGGUGUAAGCUCACUGAUGGCAUUAACAUUUCAAUUCGGUAAUAUUGUCAAAAAUUUGCCACGUGUGUCGUACGUAAAGGCACUGGAUAUAUGGAUGUUUGGGUGUGUUGGCUUUAUCUUCUUAUCCCUUGUCGAGUUGGCAAUUGUUGGUUAUGUAGAUAAGUUAGAUUUGAGAAGACGACGUGUACGGGUUCGAGAGUCUAACUUUCAUACCCAAACUGAACCAUGGAAUAUGAAACUGACGAAAAAUGAUUCACGUACAAAUUCUAGACUUCCAUUAUCAAAUAUAAAUAGUCCAGUGAAAGCUUUGCAACAAAAUGGGUCAUUUCUCUACUUGAAUUCAGAUAAUCGGAAUAUGCAUGACAAUAGCAGUUUGGCAACACUCUGGUCAUCCGAUUAUCCACCCAGACGGAUGAAGCGAGAAAGCUUUUUUCGGCGUAUUUCAACUGCUGAAGAUCCACGAAAAACGGACGGAGAAAAAAUUGACGAGAUUUCUGGCAAAACCUUUCCAUUGCUAUUUAUCGCUUUCAAUAUGUUUUACUGGUUUUACUAUAUUGGUUUAUGCAGAAGAUUCACAAAAUAA